CUACAAGAAUGAUUGGACUAAGAGCUCUGCAAGCAACAAUCGUCGUCCUUUAUUUGCUGUCGGACACAUGCGCAAAAAGCGUAUGUAGCGACAGAGAAGACUUCCAUCUGGUGCAAUUCAAGGUCCCUGGUGAAAACGAAGUGAGACCUGGGCAAAAACUAAUCUUUGUCUGUGAUGGGCCUUCUAACCGCGUAAUGGAUGUCAUCGACAUUGAUACGAAAGGAUCAGUUAAUCAUGCCAAUAAUUCAGUACAUUUACCCCAAGGUUGUGAGAUAUCAGAAAGCACAUCUCCAUGUUAUAUGAUAGUAUCAAUGUCAGCUAAUGAAACUGAUGGGAAUAGUUACCAAUGCCGCAGUACAAACCGCAGUGAUAUAACAGACAAAGAGUACAGUGAGAUACGAAAUCUAACUGGUGAGUAGAUAUAGACAAAAUUUAAAGUUUGUGUAUAUUAAUAAUCAUUUUUCUAAAGAUCGUUCGCCAGAUACCACUGGUAAGUGAUUAAUAACUCUAUGCAUACAUACAAUAGGUAAAUUAGAUUUCCCCCACAGCUACACCAUCACCGUCACAGUUUACUUCAACUCCCAUAUCAGAUGGGAUAAAGCAGUCUAUGAAAUUAACUCUCUUUAUUGUCAGCACAAUUUAUGCUUUGUUUCUGUUGUAAGAAAAUUCCACACAUUUUCUAAAUUUCUAAAUAAGUGCUUACUAUAAUUAUAUUAUUUGUCUAUUUAUUACAAUAAUUCAGUUCCUAUCUA